AUGGGGACUCAGGGUCCCGGCAGGAAGAGGAUCCCGAACCGGGACAAGAAGACGGCCGAGGACGAGACUCUGAACCGGAUCGCACGAGAGGCGGAGGCGCGGCUGGCGGCGAAGCGAGCGGCGAGAGCUGAGGCCCGAGAAAUCAGGAUGAAGGAGCUGGAGCGACAGCAGAAGGAGCUCUUCCACAGUCACAAGAAGUAUUAUGGUCUGGAUAAUAAGUGGGGUCACAUUGAACAGUGGAUGGAGGAAAGUGAACGUUACUCUCGUCUCUCUCGGAGAAACCCUUCGGUGUCGGACGAUGAGGAGAAAAUGUCCGUCGGCAGCCGAGGAAGUUGUCGACCAUCGGAGCACAGCAUGUUACUUGGCUCCGCCUCUCGAGCCUCAUCCAGGACGAGUUCAGCUCGAGUGGAGGAGAAACCGGACAGAGACUUCCUGGACAAAGGUUCCAGGACGGCUUUGACUCUGUCAGCUUCCACGCUGGCGUCUCUGGGCGGAGCUUCAUCUCGAAGAGGAAGCUGUGAGACAUCGUUCUCUGUGGAGACGGAAGCGUCCAUCAGAGAAAUCAAGGACUCUCUGGCGGAGGCCGAGGAGCGUUACCGCCGAGCGAUGGUUUCCAACGCGCAGCUUCACAACGAGAAGGCGUCUCUGAUGUAUCAGGUGGAGACUCUGAGGGAGGAGCUAGGCGACAUGGAGGAGCAGCUGUGGGAGGAGCGACGCCACGGGGGCGACACCAAGAAGGAGUUGGAACUCGAGCAUCAGUCUCACAGUUUCCUUCAGUUCCAGUUUAAAGAGAUGAAAGAAACUUUGAGACAAACUGAAGAAAUGUUGACGGAAGUGUCAGAGCUGCGUCUGCAGAGCAACAGUUACUGUCGGGAAGUUUCUGACCUGCAGGAAGUUCUGCAGUGGAAACAGAAGAAGAUCGCGGCGUUAGAGAGAGAGAGAGAAAUCUCCGACAUCGUUCGAGUUGAACGCGAUCGACUCAGAGACGAAGCGACGCAGCUGCGAGGUUUACUAAAGAAACACGGUGUUGUGGUCUCGCCUGAACUCUCGUCCAAUGGGGAGACGGGACAGACUGAGGCUGAUGUCACCACCGACUCCGGCUUCCUAUUGGCUCAGGACCGGAGUCAUGGCAGCAGAGAGAGCAUGCUGGAACUUCGGCUGAAGAAAGAGUUUGAAGAGAGAGAGAGUUUACAGGAUCAGGUGAGACUGUUAAAGACUCAACUGGAUCAGAGACAGAAGAAGGACCCGGAGGACGAGACCCUGGAGAACGGGACGGACUCUCAUCUUCUGGACCUGCAGAGAGACGCGAACAGACAAAUAAGUGACGUCAAGUUCAAACUGGUGAAGACGGAACAGGAAGUCACCGCUCUGCAACAAAACAUCCUCCGUCUGGAGGGUCAGCUGACUCGCUGCAAGGCGGCGUCGGAGAACGCCGAGAAGACGGAAGACGAGCUGAAGGUGGAGAAGAGGAAACUGCAGCGAGAGCUGCGCUCGGCUCUGGACCGGGUCGAUGAGCUGGAGGCGAGUAACGCCCACCUCUCCAAACGCCUGGAGAAGAUGAAGGCCAACCGCAACGCCCUGCUGGCCCAGCAGUGACGCCCCCUGCUGGCAGAACUGUUGGUGCCAUGUUUUCAUAUCAAGAAG